AUGCCAGAAACCUCACCCCCGCCAAGCUCGAGGCGGUUCUCACCGACCCCCGUCGAGUCAACGGUGAAGAAGAUCCGCCGAUUCGCUGUCGAGCCUGUGGAAACUACGACUCGAAGCAGUAAAAAGGAGGAUGUCCCGAAGCCGGGAGAUGCGGGUGUGGAGCGGAUGGACUUCGUGGCAAAGCAAAAGUUCCUGAUUGAGCCCGUCGAGACCACCUUCAAGAGCAGCGACCAAGCUGCGAAGGCCUUGCCCACACCCGAACCAACACCUGUCUCGAUCCCACAAAGCCCAUCACCCGAAGAGACGCCCAAGCCCAGGAGGAGAUUUGUUCCUGAGUUAAUUGAGACCACCAAAAGGUCAAAGAGGGCUGGUGACUCCAGACCAGCUACCUUGCCCACGGAUAAGACCGAUCUCACUCCAGGAGUACCAAAUAUCUACACCCGCCCAAAAAUACGAAAGCCCAAGGCGCCUCCUAAUUCCGCCCUUGCCGAAUCACGGUCCCCAAAUCUAUCUCCAAACCUAUCAAGUACCCAAAUACCCCCCUUGCCUCCCAGGAGACAGCCCUCCAUGCGGCCACAUCUAAAUACAAGACGAAGUACAAGGCAAAACUCUUUCCAGCCAGAGCUGGAAGACAUAGCGUCAUCGGAGUCGGAUUCACAGGGCAAUUCAGACGAUGAUGAUGGUACACAAGAGGACACACCAUCACUGUCAGGCUCACUUGGAUCAUCAGAAGAUUCGUUGAUGAGACUACAGCUGGCACGAACAAGGGAAAGCUGCGAUGACCGGUUUUCAGGUUACCUGCUUGCUCUUGCAGCCAAAGCUGCGGAGAAGCAGCUUCGAGAACAAGCUUUGGCUGCCUUCCCCAAUGAGUCCAUGCAUGAAAUUGUAGAACAUUUCUACGACAGAGAGGUGGAAGGGGCAUCAGAUGAGGAAUCCAUCGAAGGGAUUGGGCUUUUAGUCGAGGACACCGAAAUCAGCAAUCUACGACGAAAAUCUACGGAAGUUGGUUGGGCAGCAAAGGAGAUGCAAGAACAUCAUGAGAAGUUGAAUCGUCUCCGUGAGGACGAGACCAACAAGAAAAUCGCCGCCGAAGCCACGAAACCCACGUUCAAAGAUCCCUUCUGGACCAACGGCAUGACCGUCAAAAAUGCUGCCUUGGCCCGAGCCCAAGGCAAAGAACCCGUUGAUCCUCAAAAGGAAGCUGAGCUUGAUCGCAUGCGCUCGGCUGCGUCUCCACCUAUGCUUGGAGGCGAUUUGAUAUUUCGGAUGUGCCCAUCACCCAAAGCCACCAAAUUCGAGUCUGACCAAAGGAUCGAUAUCCAACCCAACCGAGUCGAUAACGGAGGUGGUCUCUGGGGUGGUUACUGUGUUGCAGAUGAAGUGGGCGAGUAUCUGAGUCCCAGUCUCCUUAGGCCCACGCUUAUCCAAACCCCGCAUGUCGAGAGAAGCGAAGACCCGUUUUCUUCCGCAUUCGCUAGUGAGGUGCCAGGAGACGCCAAAUCGCCUCGAACCACCAAUGGACAUGCACAUGAUGGUGGUCUUCGCAUGCUGGCUGGUAUCGACGAGAGACUAAAAGCCGAGGUUGUAAGGAGUAAAGCGGAGACAGUGCUCUUCGCGGAGUUUGAUGAUACGUUUGUGACGCAGGUAUAUAAUUACCUAUCACUUGGAUACCCGGCUCUCGCCCGCCAAUACGACGAGGAAUUGGCCCGCAUAUCUCGCAUUUCGCUAGAGGUGCUGAGAGCUGACGACGAGAAGAAGAAUGCUAAGGGCUAUAUUGGAUUGACUGAAGCCCCUGAAGGGUCUUUCAAGAGGGAGGGAAGCCAUGAGUAUGGCGCUAGAUGGAAAGCUCUCAGGGUAUAUAUCUUGGAGUGGGGCAGGCAGUAUCCCAGCAUGAGCAAUGGGGCUGCCCCUGCUGCUUGGGGCGUUAGGGCCAGAAGGGGUAGUUGGGCUAUUUGA